AUGCCCAGUCCUGCACAUUUUCAAUUCGAAUUCCAAUGUGCACCACAAUGCAACCGAGGACCAUUCACCUCGAUCCAAGGCACAAACCGUCAUCGCAACAGCUGCUCGAUAUGGAGUGCCCAUGUAAAGGCUCAAGCAAGGAAACGCGGGCACGAGGAACUCGAAGUUAGAGGUGAGGAUGAGGAUCCUGCGAUUGCUCGGCGGAGGAACUUGGAACGACAACGGAGGAGGAGGCGAGAAGAUGAGAAGAAGAAGAGGAAGAUACAGACGGAUGAAGUCGAAGCGGGAGAAGGUGCGGAGUGUGCUUAG